AUGAUAUGGACAGUUGAUAUGGACGCUGAUGUUGCCAUGACUGAAGAACUUUUUGAUAUUUACUUGUAUAGAAUGUUUGUAGAAUGUUUGUAACUAAACUCGGCCUCAUGUGGCAUUCAUUUAAGUCGCUGAGCCUGAACAGACCACGGAGAAGUCUUCUGUCUGAUUGUCCACUCCGCCUUCAGCAGCGCUUGAUGACGUAGCAGUCGAGAUAUGCACCCUUACGAGGACACAGCAGAAAAAUGAAGAAAAAAUAGGACGCAGCCUUCAGAUUGAGGAGCGAUUUGACAGAUUUGAUCAUCAAUCUUUUUUAAGUUAUAAUUAAGUUUCAGCGUCGAGUCUUCUGAGACAUAAUGGAAGAGAAUGAGGAGAGUAAAGAACUGAGUGAAGUGGAGGAGAAACAUCAUGUCAAACCUGGAGAAAAACAUUUGAGUCACUCAAAGACUAAUAACACAUUUUUAAAGAGAAGAAGAGACAAGACAUAUACAACCUGCACUCAGUGUGGAAAGAGUUUCACAUACAAAUGUCAUCUUGAGAUUCACAUGAGAGUUCAUACUGGAGAGAAGCCGUACAAGUGUGUUCAAUGCAGGAAGAGCUUCAUACAAAAGGCAUCUCUUAAUUAUCACAUGAGAGUUCACAUUGGAGAGAAGCCUUAUGUAUGCCAUCAAUGUGGGAAGAGUUUCAGUCAAUCAUCACAACUAACGACACACGUGAGAAUCCACACUGGAGAAAAGCUAUUCGUAUGUCAUCAGUGUGGGAAGAAAUUCAUAGACAAAGAAUAUCUUAAGCUUCACAUGCAGAUCCACACUGGAGAGAAGAAGUACACAUGUCAUCACUGCGGAAGGAAAUUUCUUAGGGCAUCAGACCUGAAAAAACACCUGACAGUUCAUAUGAAGGAGAAGCCACAUUCAUGUUCUGUGUGUGGAAAGAGUUUUUCACAGCUGUGUAGUUUACAAGAGCAUGAGAAACUUCAUAAUGGUGUGAGAGAGUACAUGUGCUUUGAGUGUGAAAAGACUUUUACUUCAGGAAGCCGUUUAAAACAGCACCAGAGAAUUCACGCUGGAGAAAAACCUUACAAGUGUUCACACUGUGACAAGAGAUUCAGUCAGUUAGCAAAUCUGAAAAGACAUGAGAGGAUCCACACCGGAGAAAAACCUUUCAAGUGUUCACACAGUGACAAGAGAUUCAGUGUGUUAGAAAAUCUAAAAACACAUGAGAGGAUCCACACUGGAGAAAAACUUUUCAAGUGUUCAUACUGUGACAAGAGAUUCAGUCAGUUAGCAACUCUUAAAACGCACGAGAGGAUCCACACUGGAGAAAAACCUCACAAGUGUUCAUACUGUGACAAGAGAUUCAGUCUGUCAGGACCUCUGAAAACACAUGAGAUGAUCCACACUGGAGAAAAACCUCACAAGUGUUCACACUGUGACAAGAGAUUCAGUCAGUUAGCAAAUCUGAAAAGACAUGAGAGGAUCCACACUGGAGAGAAACCUUACAAGUGUUCAUACUGUGACAAGAGAUUCAGUCAGUUAGCAACUCUUAAAACGCAUGAGAGGAUCCACACUGGAGAAAAACCUCACAAGUGUUCAUACUGUGACAAGAGAUUCAGUCUGUCAGGACCUCUGAAAACACAUGAGAGGAUCCACACUGGAGAAAAACCUCACAAGUGUUCACACUGUGACAAGAGAUUCAGUCAGUUAGCAAAUCUGAAAAGACAUGAGAGGAUCCACACUGGAGAGAAACCUUACAAGUGUUCACACUGUGACAACAGAUUCAGUCAGUUAGCAAAUCUGAAAACACAUGAGAGGAUCCACACUGGAGAAAAUCCUUACAAGUGUUCACACUGUGACAAGAGAUUCAGUCAGUCAUCAUCUCUGAAAUCACAUGAGAGGAUCCACAGCAGAGAGAAGCCUCACACGUGUAAUCAGUGUGGAAUGAGUUUCGGUUUUAAAAGUAACCUGAAGUCACAUGUGAAGAUCCAUGCAGUGGAGAAACCACAUCACCACAGUCUUAAAACACAGAGAAGAUCCUCAAGAGGUGAACCUCCAUUUAAUCCGGCGUCACAAAAGUUGUGUGAGUCGUUCCUAAAGGAGAGAAAUGAGAUGUGUUCAUCAGGAUCUGAGGAGAUCUGCAGUUUACACAGUGAGAAACUCAAACUCUUCUGUCUGGAGGACAAACAGCCUGUGUGUUUAGUGUGCAGAGAUUCACAGAAACAUGACAAUCAUAAAUUCAGACCCAUCAGUGAAGUGGUUUCAUCAUAUAAGGAGGAGCUCAAUACAGCACUGGAGUCCUUACAAGAGAAACUUCAACACAAUGAAGAAAUGAAAGGAGAGUUUGAGGAAACAGUUCAACACAUAAAGUCUCAAGCUGAGCACACAGAGCGUCAGAUUAAACAGCAGUUUGAGAAGCUUCAUCAGUUUCUCAGAGAUGAAGAAGAAGCUACAAUCACUGCUCUGAGGGAGGAAGAGGAGCAGAAGAAGCAGAUGAUGAAGGAGAAGCUGGAGGAGAUGAACAGACACAUCUCAGCUCUUUCACACACAAUCAAAGUCAUGGAGGAGAUGAUGAAAGCCAAUGAUGUCUAUUUUUUGAAGGAGUUUCCAGUCUCAAUGGAAAGAGUCCAGAGCUCACAGCCAGAUCCACAGAUGGCUUCUGGAGCUUUGAUUCAUGUGCCACGUUACUUGGGCAACCUGCCGUUCAGAGUCUGGAAGAUGAUGCAGGACAUCGUCCAAAACAGUAAGUCUGACUGCAGAAGAUCUGAGCUGGAAAUGAGGGAUGAGUGGAGAGUUAAAGCUCCUGUGAUUCUGGAUCCAAACACUGCAAAUCCACGUCUCGUCCUGUCUGAUGAUUUGACCAGUGUGAGAUACAGCGGGAUCAAACAACCUCUUCCUGAUAAUCCAGAGAGAUUUAGCUCUGUUUUCUGUGUUCUGGGUUCAGAGGGGUAUAACUCAGGAACACACUGCUGGGAUGUGGAGGUUAAAGAAAGUUACUGGUGGAUUCUUGGUGUAACUACAGCAUCAAACCAGAGGAAGGGAGAUAAUUUCUUUGGCACUGAUGAUAUGUGGAGUAUGAGAUACGGACGGUCUGGUUCUGGUUUUCGUGUUAAACAGAAGCUUGAUCAUGUGAGAGUGUAUCUGGACUAUGAUGGAGGAACAGUGUCAUUCUCUGAUCCUGUAACUAACACACAUCUACACACAUUCACAGCCACCUUCACUCACACACUCUUUCCAUUCUUCUAUAGUUAUCCCUAUCUGAGAAUCUUAGCAGUCAAUAGUCAGUAAACAUUACUCUUGUAGGCAGGGGCGCCAUAAACAGUUUUAAGGGGGGUAUGCAAGACAUAAUUUUGGCCCCCCUUCUUCCAGAUGAAUGUUUCUUUUUUCUUUUGAUGUUUAAUAAGAAAUAAUUUAUUAGUUAGCAUGAUAUAAAUAUUAUGUCCAGUAACAUCCUGCCUCCACCCCCGAAACAUGAUUGAUUUAAUUCCCUCGGGUUGGCGGUCACGCUGGCAAUACCACCUCGUUUUUUUUCUUACCAGUGUGAAAGAGACUCAAAAUACUCCAUCAAUGUUGCACAUACAAUUAAGAGUUAUACACCAUUUUAAUCUGUGGAAUAUCUUCUUUUAUUUGUGUACACUCAGAGU